AUGGCAUCACUCAAGCAGCAAACGGCAGAGAUGCUCGAGAUCCUACAGAUAUCCACCGAGCCGAACGUCCGAUACUCUAUGGCGUCCCCAUAUGAUGGUGAUAUCGAGAUUCCAGACGAACCAUUCGCAGAGCCCGUAUCACGACUGCGGAGACUGGCCUUAGAAGGCGACCUCAAGUUUACAUGGCGCAAUACGCUCUUUCAUCCUGAUCUCACACAUAUUUCUAUCAUAAACAUCGCUCGUGCUUCUCUUCCCACGAUGGACGAGCUGCUCGGCUGUCUCAGCAGGUGCCCAUUGAAGGAGCUAGUUCUCCGCAAUUGCUUUCCGGCAAGCUCCGCGUCAGUGACAGCCCCAUCAGCCGACAAACAUCGUUCAGUCAACCUCGCCGCGCUUCAACUACUAGCAGUCGAAGGGAAUCCCGUGGAGAUCGCGGAUCUCUUGCGCCGUGUGCGCCUGCCGGCGAGUUGCAGCGUCGGCCUCAUUGAUCGAUACGUCUGGCGAGACAGACCCACAUCCGUCAUGUUAGAGUCUUUGGAUGUCCAGAUAGACUCCGUAUUGGCGUCCCCUCACGCUUUGCGAGAGCCUCGCCUUCAAUAUGGGCAAACAGAUCGACCCGAGUGUCAUUGGUCUCUCACAGACGAGUCCUCUUCUCCACCGAAGAACGGAGACGAGGAGAUGCGCGGACCAUUCUCGCUAUCCCUCGACAUCCUACCCGUGUCUACGACCUCGAACAUCAUCCGCGCCAUGGGCAUAUUCGCCACCGCGUUCCUUCAAGUGACGCGCCUCUACCCUCUUCAUUCCCUCACAACGUUAUCUAUCUGCACCACCUCGACCCUCGUAGCAAGUGAAGAUGCGUGGAUCGUCAUACUGCGUGAACUGCAGCGUGUCGAAGGUUUGGACGUGGAGGGUGCAUGUUGCUACACCUUCGCCUCUGCAUUCUCGAACAUAUCCGAGGAUGCACAAGCGCUGCCGCGCUUGAAACGCCUCGCCGUCACACAUGCACACUUGUCAUACCCGCUCGGACGGGCCGGGCUGGCUAUGAAGCUCGAGAGCGCGCUCGUCAAGCGCAAGGCGAUCGGCGCGUCCGCGUUGAGUCUCGAGCUCGAGUAUUGUCAUGUCUCUCUAGCGCAGCUGGAGAAGUUGGAAAGGGCAUUGGGAGGGCACGUAGAGGUGAAAGGAAGCCCUGAUGCGUGGGGGAUAGGCGAGGAUGAAGACGAAACUUCCGUGGACGAGUCCGAUUCAGCUGUAUCAGAGUAG